AUGGUUUCUUUCUCUUGCGAGGCUUGCGGUGACGUUCUCACCAAGAAGAAGCUCGACCCCCAUCGCGGCCAAUGUCAUGGCGCUUCCUUUACCUGUAUUGAUUGCAUGGUGCACUUUUGGGGGACCGAGUACAGAUCGCAUACGUCCUGCAUGAGCGAAGCGCAAAAGUACCAGGGUGCUCUCUACAAGGAGAAGCCCACCAAGAACCAAAAGAAGGGACAGAACAAUCAGAAACAGAAUGCCAACGCCCAUGCCAACGCGAAGCAAGCCCCCAACAACCGCCACCAGCAACCCCGUUGCGUCCCCCCCGCUCCGGCACCGGCAAAUGACAAGCCUGUCAAUGUGUUUGACUACCUGGUCACGGAGCAGACUCCAAACGCUUCCAAGGUCUCUAUCGUGGAACCCAAGGAACAGAUGAAGAUGAAGACCAAUGCCAAAUCGGUAUUCGAACCCAGUGAUGCCUUGGCUCGCUUUGAGGCCAACCCGACUACGGACGACGAGGGUAAGAACUACGAUGUCGCUUACCACGAGCAUGGCUUCUCCUACGGCACUGGCAAUAUCCCGCAUUCGGACCUUCCCCCUAACGUAUCUACAGAAUUUGUCACACCCGCACCCAAGAAGAAGAAGGACCGCAAGGAGAAGGUACCCGGCACUGCCAGCGAGAAGAAGCGCAAGCGCGGACAACCAGAUGCUCUCAGCACCCCCCGCGACGGAGCCGAUACCCCAAUGAUGGAUGCCCCCUCCAGCAUUAUCAACAAUGCUGGUACCCCAAUGCUGAACCACUCUGGUCUCACCGGUGGCUUGAACCGCAUGAUGCGCUCGCCCUCUCCUGGCGACGACAGCCCGGAGACCCACCGCCGCGCCUACCAGGACACUUCAUCCCCGAUCAAGCGCAGUCGCCGCAAUGGUAAAGAAGUUAACGGUAACGGAGAUCCCGGUCUGGGAAUAUCCAUGAAGAAUCGCGCUGAGCGCCUUGUGUCCUCCAUGUUCGGCGGAUCGGCAGUCUCCAGCGCCAGCGGCAGCACAGAGGUCAACCCCAAGGCAGUGGUGCGUGCCCGCCGCGGCAGCUCCUCCAGCGCCGAAGGUCAAAUCGAAGUCCGCAAGAGUAAGAAGUCACACCGUGCGCGCGAUUCUCCCGAGGAGACCCGCAAGUCCAAGCGCAAGAGCAGCAACCCUGCUGACGAACGGCCCAGUCGUCGUCUGAAGCAGAUCGACGACGGUCGUGGCUCAGCGGACUCACCUAGCCACCAGGUCAUGGUUUACAAGAAGUCCAAGCCGCCUGCGCGCACAGAUGAGGAUCUUCAACGUGAACUUGCCCAUCAUUUCCUUUCCAUCGUGCCUCAGGGUAGUACCCGCGGCUGUUCGAUUAACAAGACGCUCAAGCGGCUCCAUCGUGAUCUCGAGAACGAGUACGAGACCGAAGCUGGCUACCAACGCAGACUUGAUGAUGAGAAGGAUCUUUGGAGAGCUUUGAGAUUGCGUCGCAACGACCGUGGCGAGAUUGUCCUUUUCAUCUAG